GGUCCCGGGGAUCGCCGAGCGGGCUUGGGGAGGCCGGGAGAGCCAUCGGCGGGGGCGGGAGCCCGGCGGGCUCAGCGCAAAGCGGGGAGAGCUCCGGGCCAGCCGCCGUUCAGCGCGCUCUCGGAGCCGCCAGUCCGCGCGUCCCCGCAGCCUUCCGGGAGGAAGCGGCGCCGCGGCCGGGUGCAGCCUCACCUGCCGGCCCUUCCCGGCCGGGCAGCGCAGAAGGACAGAGGGUCGCGGCUCCGCGACGCACUUCAGCCGGUUGCAGCGUGUAAGACCCCGCGCGGGGCGCCGGCUCCAUGGCGACCGGACUCGGGGAGCCUGUCUACGGACUUUCGGAAGAGGAGGGAGAAUCCCGUAUUCUCAGAGUAAAAGUUGUUUCUGGAAUCGACCUCGCCAAAAAGGACAUAUUUGGAGCUAGUGACCCGUACGUGAAGCUAUCCUUGUACGUAGCUGAUGAGACCAGAGAACUUGCUCUGGUUCAAACCAAGACAAUUAAAAAGACGCUGAACCCAAAGUGGAAUGAAGAGUUUUAUUUUAGAGUAAAUCCAUCUAAUCACAGGCUCCUAUUUGAAGUGUUUGACGAGAACAGAUUGACACGAGACGACUUCCUGGGCCAGGUGGACGUGCCUCUCAGUCACCUUCCGACAGAAGAUCCAACCAUGGAGAGACCCUAUACAUUUAAGGAUUUUCUCCUGCGACCUAGAAGUCAUAAAUCUCGCGUCAAGGGGUUUUUGAGGUUGAAAAUGGCCUACAUGCCGAAAAACGGUCAAGAUGAAGAAAACAGCGAGCAGAGGGACGACAUGGAGCAUGGAUGGGAAGUCGUUGACUCAAAUGACUCAGCUUCCCAGCACCAGGAGGAGCUCCCUCCUCCUCCGCUGCCUCCAGGAUGGGAAGAGAAAGUGGACAAUUUAGGCCGAACUUACUAUGUCAACCACAACAACAGGAGUACGCAAUGGCAUCGACCCAGCUUGAUGGACGUGUCCUCAGAGUCAGACAAUAACAUUAGGCAGAUCAACCAGGAGGCUGCACACCGACGCUUCCGCUCUCGGAGGCACAUUAGUGAGGAUUUGGAGCCUGAGGCCUCUGAAGGCGGUGGAGAAGGCCCUGAGCCUUGGGAAACCAUUUCAGAGGAAGUAAACAUGGCGGGAGAUUCCCUCAGCCUGGCUCUGCCCCCACCUCCUGCCUCCCCAGUGUCUCGGACCAGCCCCCAGGAGCUGUCGGAAGAACUGAACAGAAGGUUGCAGAUCACUCCGGACUCCAAUGGGGAACAGUUUAGUUCUCUGAUCCAGAGAGAGCCCUCGUCAAGGCUGCGGUCCUGCAGUGUUACAGACACGGUCGCAGAGCAGGCUCAUCUUCCACCGCCCAGCACCCCAACUAGGCGAGCCCGUUCGUCAACUGUCACGGGUGGUGAGGAAUCAACGCCAUCAGUGGCCUAUGCACAUACUACGCCGGGCCUGCCUUCAGGCUGGGAAGAAAGAAAAGAUGCUAAGGGACGAACAUACUAUGUCAAUCAUAACAAUCGAACCACAACCUGGACUCGACCAAUCAUGCAGCUUGCAGAAGACGGUGCCUCCGGAGCAGCCACAAACAGUAACAACCACCUAGUCGAACCCCAGAUCCGCCGGCCCCGUAGCCUCAGCUCGCCAACAGUAACUUUAUCUGCCCCACUGGAGGGUGCGAAGGAUUCACCCAUACGCCGUGCCGUGAAAGAUACCCUUUCCAACCCACAGUCCCCUCAGCCUUCACCUUACAACUCCCCCAAACCACAACACAAAGUCACACAGAGCUUCCUGCCGCCAGGUUGGGAGAUGAGGAUAGCGCCGAACGGCCGACCCUUCUUCAUUGACCAUAACACAAAGACUACAACCUGGGAAGAUCCACGGUUGAAAUUUCCAGUACAUAUGCGGUCAAAAGCAUCUUUAAACCCCAAUGACCUGGGCCCUCUUCCUCCUGGCUGGGAAGAAAGGGUCCACUUGGAUGGCCGCACGUUUUACAUCGACCAUAAUAGCAAAAUCACCCAGUGGGAAGAUCCAAGACUACAGAACCCAGCCAUAACUGGUCCGGCUGUUCCGUACUCCAGAGAAUUUAAGCAGAAAUACGACUACUUUAGGAAGAAAUUAAAGAAACCUGCUGAUAUUCCAAACAGGUUUGAAAUGAAACUUCACAGAAACAACAUAUUUGAAGAGUCCUAUCGGAGGAUCAUGUCUGUUAAAAGGCCUGACGUCCUAAAGGCUAGGCUGUGGAUUGAGUUUGAAUCAGAGAAAGGCCUGGACUAUGGGGGCGUGGCCAGAGAAUGGUUCUUUCUACUUUCCAAAGAGAUGUUUAACCCCUACUAUGGUCUCUUCGAGUACUCUGCCACGGACAACUACACACUUCAGAUCAAUCCCAACUCAGGCCUCUGUAAUGAAGACCAUUUGUCCUAUUUCACUUUCAUCGGAAGAGUUGCUGGCCUGGCGGUGUUUCAUGGGAAACUCUUAGAUGGAUUCUUCAUUCGGCCCUUCUACAAGAUGAUGCUGGGGAAACAGAUAACUCUGAACGACAUGGAGUCAGUGGACAGCGAGUACUACAACUCUUUGAAGUGGAUCUUAGAAAACGACCCCACGGAACUUGACCUCAUGUUCUGCAUAGACGAAGAGAACUUUGGGCAGACAUACCAAGUGGAUCUGAAGCCCAAUGGGUCAGAAAUAAUGGUAACCAAUGAGAACAAACGAGAAUAUAUUGACUUAGUCAUCCAGUGGAGAUUUGUGAACAGGGUCCAGAAGCAAAUGAAUGCCUUCUUGGAGGGAUUUACAGAACUUCUUCCAAUCGACUUGAUUAAAAUUUUUGACGAAAAUGAGCUGGAGUUGCUGAUGUGUGGCCUUGGCGAUGUCGACGUCAACGACUGGAGACAGCACUCUAUCUACAAGAAUGGCUACUGCCCCAAUCACCCCGUCAUCCAGUGGUUCUGGAAGGCCGUGCUACUGAUGGAUGCUGAGAAACGGAUCCGGUUACUACAGUUUGUCACAGGCACCUCCAGAGUACCCAUGAAUGGAUUUGCCGAACUUUAUGGUUCCAAUGGUCCUCAGCUGUUUACAAUAGAGCAAUGGGGUAGUCCUGAGAAACUGCCCAGAGCUCACACAUGCUUUAAUCGCCUUGAUUUACCUCCAUACGAAACCUUUGAAGAUUUACGGGAGAAACUUCUCAUGGCCGUGGAAAAUGCUCAAGGCUUUGAAGGUGUGGAUUAAGGAAGGCCUCCAGCGUCGGGGACACUGCCCUUCCAGCAAGUUCCGAGUGCACCUUUGCAUUUGCCUAGCAGACUUUUGCAGAGCCGGUGGCAGAAGCAGUUGCCUGGCCUGGCUCUGGAGCCUGGCUUGUCCAGGCCCUGCCCAGGUUCCGCCAGGGAACCAAGCCCCAGCUCAAGUGCCACCCCACCCCCUUCACCACCGAUUCUCAACUGGUUGACGUGUACACUGAUUACAGUUCAGGAGGACGUGUUCUAUUUAUGUUGUGCCUCUGCAGGCAAAGCCCUUAAUAAAUAUUUUGCAUACUUUCUAAUGACAAUGAAUGGAAUUAAUCAUGCUACAGGUAUAGUAUUACAACUCAUGUUUACUUUUUAAAAUGAUUUAGACUGAUUUUCAGAUUUUAUUUCAUUAUAAUUAAAGAUGUCUCAUGUACUUGGAAAAGUGAGCAUAUUUUUUUUGUAUUUGAAUUUCAUAUCAAGCUUAAUGUCGGUGACUUUUUCUUUUCUUUUUUUUUUCUUUUUUUCUUUUUUUGGAAGUACUUUGAUACUCCAGCCUCCACUUUAUUAAAAUUGGAAGACUAAUUUUUCUCCAAAAGCCUUCUACAGACAAAUACUUUUGAAAGAACUUCAAAUAUAACAUUAAGCAUAAUAUUUUUUCCAUACUCAGAAUGAAAAUAAACUGGAUAUUACUUUUUUUGUACAAAUUUAGAUCCUAGGUCCAGGCUGGAUGAAUUGUAACAUAGCAUGAUAUCUUUGUGUUAACUUGAAAGGAAUGGCCCCAUUGUCCCUAAGAAGUACUGACGUGCGCCAUCACGCCUUUAAGACAGGACUGGAAUGUCAUCUUGCAUCAGAAACCGUUACAAUUUCCUGUUGCUGUACAGCCUGCUCCGAACUCUCUUUUCUCUUUGGUGUUCAUAGAGACAUUUCCAAUGGCAUUGUUUGAUUCAAAACCAAGGAAACCAGAAUCACUGAUAUUCUGUCUCUGUGAUUGCUAAACAGUAGCCAAAUAACCCUUCUUUGCUGUGUCUGCGUCCCUUCAGAAGGUACUUUAUGGAGGUCACAUCUGGUUUUGUUUUCAUUUUUUUCUCACGGAUAUCACACGUGCCGAUGGCUCCUUCCUCCCUGCACACAUCUGUCCAGCACGAUAUCUAUCAGUGGUGAACUUGGCUGCUA